GUAUUGUAGAAAGGCACUUCUGCCCUACUUGGUCUCUUCCAGAUAUCAAGCCAUUAAAACCUCAGCACAAUAAGUCACUGGGCUGUUGGCAUCUCAUAAGGCUCAGCAGGGAAAGCCGGUCCUCCAUCAGCGCAGAGGUAUCGACAGACUCAAGCUGUGGACUGGCAUGGGCGAGAUGGAUAGGCAGUAAUUAGGACCUCCACUUCAGAGGUAGAAGUUGAUUUCGGAAUGACAAGCUGCUGUGCAGAAGAUGUCCACGCUGUCUGUGACUGAUAUCCCAGAUGUUGGUCAUGAUGAGAGUAAGGUGUUUGACAGGGCCUCUGAGCUGCAGCUGGACUGCCUGGCUGAGGAGAGCAUCGGAAACACCACAAUGAAGACAGAAGGCCUGCUGUCCCUGACCGACCUCUCCCAGCCGGGGCACGUCCCUGUUCCCCCCCGCAACGGCCCGUCGCUCACAGACAUGAGCAGCUCUUUGCCGGUAGAGCAAAACGACAUUAAACUGGAUCCAUCUGCAGCUGAUGCGUCUGGUAGCGUAGAUGGGCAGCCAGUGAAGAGAAAAAAGGGCCCAGCUCCGAAGAUGCUGGGCAAUGAGGUUUGCAGCGUCUGUGGCGAUAAGGCAUCUGGUUUCCACUACAACGUGUUGAGCUGCGAAGGCUGCAAGGGAUUCUUCCGCCGCAGCGUCAUCAAAAGUGCCCAAUACUCCUGCAAGAACAACGGCCGCUGUGAAAUGGAUAUGUACAUGCGCCGCAAGUGCCAGCAGUGCCGGCUACGCAAGUGUCGGGAAGCAGGCAUGUUGGAGCAAUGUGUGCUUUCUGAAGAGCAGAUCAGAUUAAAAAAGCUAAAAAAGCAGCAGGAGGAGGAAACGGCGCGUACGUCCACAGUGGUCACACCAACCCCUCCACAGGAAGCUGCCAUGCUCGAUCCACAGCAGCAGGAGAUGAUCGAGAAGCUGGUGGCUAUGCAAAAACAAUGCAACAAGAGGUCUUUCCUUGACCGACCAAAGGUUACACCUUGGCCACAGAGUCAAGACCUGCAGAAUCGGGAGGUGCGACAGCAGCGGUUUGCCCACUUUACAGAGUUGGCAAUAAUGUCGGUUCAGGAGAUUGUGGAUUUCGCAAAACAGCUUCCAGGUUUCCUUGAGCUGACAAGAGAAGACCAGAUUGCUCUAUUAAAAACGUCGACCAUUGAGAUCAUGCUGCUGGAGACGUCCCGGCGAUACAACCCUGCCAUUGAAAGCAUCACUUUUCUGAAGGAUUUUAGCUAUAAUAAGGACGAUUUUGCAAAAGCAGGGCUUCAGUUUGAGUUCAUUAACCCCAUCUUUGAGUUUUCAAAAGGAAUGAACGACCUGCACCUUGAUGAGGCCGAAUAUGCUCUGCUCAUUGCGAUCAACAUCUUUUCUGCAGAUCGGCCAAAUGUGCAGGAUCACGAUCUGGUUGAGAGGCUGCAACAGCCCUAUGUGGACGCUCUACGCUCUUACAUCAUGAUCAAGAGACCAAAUGAUCACCUGAUGUUCCCCCGUAUGCUAAUGAAACUGGUGAGCCUUCGCACAUUGAGUAGCGUCCACUCGGAGCAAGUUUUUGCCCUUCGCCUCCAGGACAAGAAGCUUCCGCCGCUGCUGUCUGAAAUCUGGGAUGUUAACGAGUGACUGCAUUCCUGAUGUCGCACUCCAUGGCUUUAUGGACCCUGUAAGGGGCACAGCUCCUAUGAAAUGAUCACCAACUCCUUUCUUCUGUUGUGGCCAGGGACUGAUUAUUGCCUUGAGAUUUUAUUUUGUUUUUCCUUAAGGAAGGAGAGCAUUCUACCCCGUUGCUACCUUUAAAGACUGUUGAAUGGCUUUGUGUGCAGUAGAGGAAAUGUGCACACAAAGAUCCUAGAUUUUAGAUGCUCAUUGAUUGUGGUUAAGUUUAGGCAUUAAGGGUUUUCAGUCAGUUUUCAUUGAUUCAAUUUUGCUGACAGUAAUGACAGUCUCUUGCGUGGAUCUUUACCGUUCCUCAACUAAUUCCGAUCAGGAAGCACUGAGCAGGUCUUGGCUGUUACCGUCUUAAAAUUGCAAUGUCUCUAAGUGAAAAAAAAGUGAUUUCUACACUUGUGCAAUAGAUUGAAAUUAAGGCAGAGAUAUUUUUCUGCCUAUAAUUUAUCCUGAUUGGUGUUGGUAACAAUUAGGUUGUUUUUCCCUUAUAUCAAAUUCAAGGGUCUGGGGUUUGGGGCCAUUGCUCAGGUAAUGUGAAGUAGACCUCUAAGUAGUGGAGGCUUCUUUAAAUUCAAUUAUAUACGUUUUUCUUUAUUAAUAAAAAGGGGGACCUGUUUGGUUAUUAAUUAAUGCCCAUUAACCUUUGUGAAAGAUGUACAUUAAAGUAUCCAUAUGAAUGUACCAUCAUCUAAUAACGCACAAUACC